AGUGUAUAUAUAACGAAAUGGCGGGACAACAAGCGAGGUCGCCAUAGUGAAAUAAAUAGAAGAAGAAAAGGCGGGAUAAAGGAAUACAUUUGCAGACGUUGUGCCGUGAAUACGUAAAUCGCUUGUGAUUUUAAAUUGCAUAAUUAACUAUGGUUGAAUCAGAUCAAAGUAAUGAGAGUAGAGAGGCAGGUGAUGAAAUGUCACCUUCAGAAAUAUCUAAUGAGACAAUAAAAACAACUGGUAAAAGACAACGUCUGGUAUCUUCAGAAGAAGAAAAAUUACUUACCAAGAAGCCUUGUAAUUCUAUAGAUAAAGAUUUACCAGCGUCAAAUGGAUCAACAUCAAACAAUACCAAUGAUGAUACAAAAGAAGAAGUAGAACAAAAUACAAAUUCAACAAACAAUCAGAAAAGUGUAUCUUCACCAACAAAUGAAAUUCAUACAGAUUCGACUAAAGGAGAACAAGAAAAUGAAGGAAGCGGUUCACCACACACAACUAAUAGUACAAAUGAAGUAGAUGACGACUUCUGCAAUGCGUCUACAGAUUCUCUUGAUUUUGCUGAAAAAAUUGACAAAUCUAUUGAAGAUGAAAAUACUGAAGUUUCACUGAAAUGUAAAGAAGAUAGCGGAAAUGAAUCAUCUAAAGAAAACAUCAAUUUAAAUGUUACAAUGUCAUCUACCAAAGAAACAGAGGUAGUAGAUGGAUUGGAACUUUCUGUAGAAUGCGCAAGUGAUAAGGAAGAAUCUAGUUCUGAAAGUGAAAAAGAUGACAAUCAUAAACCAAAAACAAAAACAAUUAUUGUAAAAGCAAAGCCAAAUGAAUCUGAACUUGAUGUUAGUUCAUCUGAAGUAGAAGAAUCAAAUGAACAAAAUUUGAAGAACACUUUACAUACAAAGAAAAAUCUUAAACAAGGCAAACAAAAAAGUCUCAAAACAUCUUCCACCGUAAAGAAGUCUUCUGAAGGUUCAGAAGAUAGUUCAGACAAUAAUAUUCAAGAUGAAGAAUAUAAACCACAAAAUAAGAAAAAAACUAAGAAGAGUUUAAGUAAGAAAAACACGAAAACCUUACCUGAUUCCAAAAGAGGUGGUCGCGGUGUACGAAAAGGUCAAGGUGCAAAAAAAAGCCAAGAUAAAAAUUUGAUUAAUGACAAUGAAGAUGAGGAUAAUAAUGAUGAUGACGAUAAAGGCAAUAACAUUGAAAAGAAUGAUAAUAAAGAUAUUGGUGAUAAAGUAAUCAAAUCAGUUGAUAAAAAUAAAGAUGAACAAGAGCAUAAUUCAUCAGCUAAAGAAACAUCCGGUAGUGAAAGUGAAAGUAAUAAUGAUGACCCAGAUCAAACAAAAGAUGGUAAACAGAAGAAACGCAGUUCUAAUAGACCUGAAGAUGAUAAGAGGAUACAAUCAUUAAAAAAGUAUAUAAGAACAGCUGGUAUAGCUGUGAAAUCAUAUCAAGAAAUAUGGAGUGGAUGCAAAUCUAAUGCUGCGAGAGUACGACGAUUAAAAUCAUUGCUUGAAAAACAUGGAGUUCAUGGAAGACCAACUUUAGAGAAGUGUAAAAAAGUGAAAGAACGCAAUGAAAGAUUAAAAGAAGUAUCUGAAUUGGAUAAGAGUAAUAUUAUAUCAGAAGGGCGCAUUACACGUUCUCGUAAAGGUAUGAAUACUAACAAGAACUCCUUAGUCUUACCAGAAACUCCAUCACGAUAUCGUGAAGCUCGCAGCACGUAUAAAAGAAUUCAAACUGUUAUUGACAGUGACUCUGAGUAAUGUAUAUGUAAUAUUUAUUUAUAUAAAUUGUUUGUAUGAGUGUGCGUGUAAUUGUAUCUUAUAUCUAUUUAUAAAUAUAAUUCUACAUUAAUGAGAAGUAAUAAUCGUAUUACAAAAAAAAAUGUAUUUUUGGCAUUUUUGUAAUAAGAUAAAAAGUAUUUUUAUGAAAUUUAUUUGAUACGUAAAAAUAGAAAUCUUUUCAAUGAA